CGACGGCGGCCGCCCCGCAGCAUGGCCGACCCCGGCCCGUGGCCGCCGGGCGCGGGAGGGUCGCGGUGGGCAGAGGAGGCUCUCGGCAUCGCGGCGGCAAGGAGGCGGCCUGCCCUCGCUGCCUUCUCCGCCUUCAGCUUCAUCCCGCCCAGGCGGGAAGGGCCUCCGGAGCUCAGCUAUUUCAACCGGGCGGCCAAGACAGAACAUGUUUUCACCUAUGACACCAUUUUUAGAAUACCAGAAGGUUACAACAAGUAUCUUCCUCGCUGUGACAGAAAACACGCAAAAGGUCAUGGUCUCAACAUUAAUGAGGAGGAAAUGGCAAGACCUGUUCCUGUGUUGUCAUCUUCAGAGUAUGGGAAACGUGUAAACAAGCCCUUAGAGCAGCCAACCAAAGAACAUGCAAGGGCUAAUCACCUCCAUGCAGCAAUAUACGGGCAAAAGCCCAGCACUCGCUUAUUGGAAUAACCUCCAAGACUGGAUCCAUGUUAAAUCUCUUGCAUCUGUCAUUGCCAGCAACAUUUACGUAAAAAAAAAAAAAAAACACAUCAAAAAGCAA